AUGGUCACAUCCAAAGAUCAUAUUCAAGUGAUUCAGCAACACCUGCGCAACCAUGCUCUACCCAUGAUCGGGAACCCUCGCAAGAGGGGCUCAUCUGUAUUGGGAUUGGACGACCUUCUGCGAGCUCCCCGUAAACGGGUUGCGAUGGUCCCGCCUGUCUCGGAUGUGGACGCACAAUUGCCUGCAGAAGAACGCAAACGUAAAUCAACGCUCCCGUCACCAAAACUGCCUUCAUCAACACCACCUUCCAAGUUGGCAUCUCUUCCUUCGCCAUCUCUCCCUUAUCCAUCACAAUCAAUAAUGUCGCCUCCCUCGUCUCCACGAGAGGAUCAUGGAAAGCUGACAUUCGCUUCUCAGAGAUACUCUGAGUUCACAGGCCCCGAUGCGACUGCGACGUACACUUACAAAUGUUUUCUAUCCUUUUGCUCCGCGCGCUAUGUUAACCCGUGGACUAGGGAUCUGCAUAUGGCCAAACACUUCAAGGUCGAUGAGGAGACUAAAGGCUCUUGCAGCUGCCAAACAGGAUCCUGCUGCUACACUGCUGAGUCGGAAGAAUACUACAAAACCGUCGACCAACUCGGGCCUCUAGCGAAACUCAGUCAACUUGUGGACGAGAACUUUCUGGGAUAUAACCCAUCCAACUGCAAAGUCAGAGCAGCAGAGCCAUGGCUGCACGAUUUCUUGUACGCUAUUCUUUUUCUUGAGCCCCAGGACAGAUCGACUACUGCGGAGGUGGUCAGGACGCUAGAACAGCGGUUGAAUGACGAUCUUAGCCGAAGAAAAUAG